AUGCGACUCGCCUACGACCAGGCCCUGUAUGCAGUCAUUAGGCGCGCCGCAAAUUUCGUUCACCCGCAAGCGGAGGGUUCCCGACGUGAAUUUAUAACGGGAAUCCGACAGCUGCUUAAAUACCUGGGUUCGUUCCCGGCGGCCGGCGGCGAGCACGCGGCGCGUGUCGACACCGUCACCCAGCGCCUGCACCUCAUGAAGGUAUUUUUC